AAGUGCAAGAACUAUUGAAAUGGGGAGAAAGUAGUUACAAAGAGAGUAAUAAAUACAACCCCAUAACUUACUAGACGGAGGGACUACUCAAAAAACUGGUACAUCGCUCCAUUCUUUCAAUUUCAAUAAUUGCAUUCCUUUAAAUUUUGCUCUUACAAACUUCAAAAAGUUUCAAUCGUUGAAUACCCCAUCAUCUUCUUCACUCUUUUUGAUACAGGAAAAAUGGUGGGUCCUACUAGACCUCAAUUUGUUCUGUUUGGAUCAUCAAUUGUUCAAUACAGCUUUAGCAAUGGUGGUUGGGGUGCCAUUCUCACUGAUGUUUAUGCUCGCAAGGCUGACAUUUUUGUGAGAGGAUAUAGUUGCUGGAACUCUCGUCGCGCGUUGGAGGUUCUUGAUCAAGUCUUUCCAAAGGAUGCUACCACGCAUCCUUCACUGGUGAUAGUGUACUUUGGAGGCAACGAUUCAAUGGGUGACCACUCGUCAGGCCUUGGCCCUCAUGUGCCUCUUCCAGAAUACGUCGAGAAUAUGAGAAAGAUCACCACUCACAUAAAGGGACUUUCAGAUAAAACGCGUAUUAUUUUCCUUAGCACGCCUCCAGUGAAUGAAGCUAAAAUUCAGGAAUUCAAAAGUAAAUAUGUAUUGGAGGUUGUGCGAACAAAUGAACUAUGUCGGAGAUAUUCGGAAGCUCUCAUAGAGCUAUGCAGGGAAAUGGAUAUUAAAGUCGUUGAUCUUUGGACAGCAAUCCAAAAGAGGGAUGACUGGUUGACAGCUUGUUUUACAGAUGGGAUCCAUUUCUCGGCUGAAGGAAGCAAGAUAGUGGUAGAAGAGUUGCUCAAGGUGAUCAAGGAAGCGAAUUGGGAGCCAAGUUUGCAUUGGAAAUCUAUGCCAACCGAAUUCGCUGAAGACUCGCCAUACUACGUUAUCUCGAUCGACGGGAAAUCAACGUUAAACGCUUCCGAUUGGACAUUUCACCGUGAAAUUCAAUGGGACUAAUCGGCUUUCUAUUUUUUUUGGUUCCGAGAAAUACCCUGUUUGGGUGUACAGCUUGUUGUUACUUGUAGAAUUAUCUGGUAGCCUUGUACUCGUCACUUAAAAAACUUUUUCUUAUUCGAAAAUCGACUUUAUUUAUCGGUUUAUUCCACGGCGAUAGUCGCCUCGAGUCGAGUCACACUUAAAUGUGUAUCCGACACAAUAUCCAAUUUAUGUAUCAUAGGAUUGCUUAUUUUUUCUAGUUUA